AGUAUAGACCUGAGAUGAUGACUCCAUCAUAACCCCAGCCAUGGGGGAGUUUAAGGGAUUGCAGACCUGGGAGAUUUGAACCAUCUGUCUCCAAACAUGGGCUGUCUGUAUAGUAAGGGGAAUGUUCGCUUUUACAAAAAUGAUGAAAUCUAUGACAUAAAAGAAACAGGGAAACAACAGCAAGAGGAAAAGAAAAAAAAAAAGCUCAAACCUUCAAUCUCCUCAAAGGUGGGUCGUACAAGGCCCUCGAGGUUAGAGCCAUUCCCACGGCACCUAUCAAAAAGAGCACUGAAUGCCAGAAAGAUACAGGCCUGGUGGCGAGGCACCCUGGUGAGACGCACACUGCUGAGGGCCGCCCUCAGUGCAUGGAUCAUCCAAUGCUGGUGGAGGAAGAUACUGGCCAAAAGACAGGAAAAGAAUCGACUGAUGAUCCUGCACUGGAUGGCACAAGAAACAAGGGCCUGUGUCCUUAUUCAAUCGUGGGUCCGGAUGCUGAAAAUCCGCCAGUAUUAUUGCAGGUUGUGCUACGCCACCCGUGUCAUCCAGGUGUCAUGGCGCUGGUAUAACUGCCGUACCCGUGGCUUUUUCCAGGGCACCUAUGAACUUGAAGGACACAAACUACGUCUACAGCUUGAUAUCUUUCUGGGAUCACAGGUUUGUCGUAUAUCAGACUGCAUAUCCUUGCCAAUAAAGAACUGAUCAGGUCUUCUAA